CGAUAUAAAGCCCGGAGAUUGUGCACAGUAAAUCUCACUCUCGCGCUGUCAAAGUAAAGAUUAUCGGGCAGAAAUGAUGGAAAAUUGGGGAGAGGAAUCGGAAAAGAUUAAGCGAAGAGUUUGAUUUUGUCGUCGUUUCGUCGCCAGAUAACCUGAGAUUGCUCUUUGAUUUCAGAUUUGCUUCGUUAGGGUAUUAGUAUUUGAAUUUGCAGUAAAAGAUUUGACCUUUUUGCAGAAAUCUGACAACUGCAGCCUAAGGGCUCAAUUGUUGUUGGACAGAAGGUUUAUGGAGUUGGUCUAUUGAGAUUGUUGAUGGGGGAUUGGAAAGUUAAAAUUUCUACUUAGAUCUAGUGAACUCUUGGAGCUUAACCCCAUUAGAUAAAAAUGUCGAUAGCUAGUGUAGCUCUUAGUCCUGUCUUUGGAGACUCUCUAAGUGUCACCAGUAGUUUAUCAAAGCAGUAUGAUGUUCAAUUAAACGACUCAAUCUUAGUUUUUCUCUCUGUCACGGGGUCUGUAAUUCCUAUGCGUGUUAUGGAGUGGGAUUCGAUUGCUUCUGUAAAGCUAAGAAUUCAAUCUUUCAAAGGGUUUUUUGUGAAGAAGCAGAAAUUGGUUUUUGAAGGGAGGGAAUUGGCUCGGAACAAUUCAUGUUUCAAGGAUUAUGGGGUCUCUGAUGGGAAUGUGCUACAUUUGGUUCUAAGGCUGUCGGAUCUUCAAGCUAUUAUAGUGAAUACCGCAUGUGGGAAGAAGUUUGAGUUUCAAGUUGACCGGAGUAGAGAUGUGGGUUACAUUAAGCAGCAGAUUGCUAAGAAGAAGCAAGGGGUUGAUCUCAUUGAUCAGGAACUGGUAUGUGAUGGAGAGGAGGUUGAAGAUCAGAGACUUAUUACUGAUAUCUGCAAAGAUAACGAUACCAUACUGCAUUUGCUGGUUCGAAAGUCUGCUAAAGUAAGGGCUAAACCUCUUGAGAAAGAUAUUGUAUUGUCUAUUGAAGCAUCUGACUUGGAUGAGAAGAGGGUGGAUGUUAUAAGCAAGGAGCCUAGAAUACUACCUGUGGUGUGUCAAGUUGAGCAUAUGAAACCAAUUUUUAAAGAUUUUAUUUUGGAACCUUUAGCAGUUAAUUCUAAAAUUGAACUUCCAUCGGCGAUCAAAGAGCUAAUUAAGUCUGUUUUUGAUGGAUUAGAGAGUGGCAACGGCCCAAUUCAAUCUGCAGAGGGAUCAGGAGGAGUUUAUCUCAUGCGAAAUUCAUCCGGUGAGAAAUUUGUCGCUGUUUUUAAGCCUAUUGAUGAGGAGCCAAUGGCAUUGAAUAACCCUCGAGGCCUGCCCUUGACGAAAGAUGGUGAAGGAUUGAAGAGAGGGACACAAGUUGGAGAAGGAGCUUUUAGAGAAGUUGCAGCGUACAUUUUGGAUCAUCCAAGGGGUGGGCGACACUCAUUCUAUAAUGGGGAGAAGGGUUUUGCAGGGGUUCCCCCCACAGUUAUGGUCAAGUGCCUGCAUAGAGGUUUCAAUCAUCCCGAAGGUUAUGAGUGCAGUACCAAGAAUAUCAAGAUUGGGUCUCUGCAAAUGUUCGUGAUGAAUAAUGGAAGCUGUGAGGAUAUGGGUCCUCGUGGUUUCCCAGUGGAAGAGGUACACAAGAUCACCGUGCUGGAUAUAAGGUUGGCAAAUGUCGAUAGGCAUGGGGGAAAUAUAUUGUUCAGCUAUGACGGUGAAGGUCGAAUCAUGCUGACCCCGAUUGAUCAUGGCUACUGCUUGCCUGACAAGUUUGAGGAUUGCACGUUUGACUGGCUCUAUUGGCCUCAAGCCCGGCAACCUUACUCCCCUGACACUGUUGCAUAUAUACAAUCACUUAAUGCUGACGAAGACAUAGAACUCUUGAAGUUCCAUGGAUGGGACAUACCUCCAGAGUGUGCUCGUGUCCUUCGUAUUUCCACCAUGCUUCUAAAGAAAGGUGCAGGGAGAAAACUUACCCCGUUCGCCAUUGGAAGCAUCAUGUGCCGAGAGACCCUGAAGAAACAAUCAGUGAUCGAGCAGAUUCUUCAAGAAGCUGAAGAUGAUGUGCUCCCAGAAACAAGUGAAACUACAUUUCUGGAAUCUGUAUCGUUGAUCAUGGAUCACCACCUUGACAAACUAUAUGGAUCAUCUCUGUGAAGUCAUCAAAUGAAUCUGUGGAUAGAGAGACUACCUCAAUGGCCUACGCGCAUCCCACUUAUGUGCAGCUGUUGGACCUUUGAGCUGCCUGCACUUUCCUCCUCGUGCUCAUCCUUUUAAUCCCUGCUCUUUCAUUGCAAUAAAGAAAAAGAAAGUCCUUGUAUAGCAAUACGUUCCUCCCUCUCAAUUUUAUCUGGACCUGUUACUCGUAUUUAGCUUGAGCUGCGGACCUAGAAGGUUUAUACUUUAUACCAUAGCUGCGAUCGUAGUCUUUAAGCUGACAUUUAUGUGAAGAACAGUUCAAAUUUCUUCUUAUUAUUCAUAAUUUUCGGUGCUUAUAAUACUUUG